GGAUGGGAGAGCAGAGAGAAAGAGAAUCCAUUUCUCUUCUCUCUCUGCUUUUUUAUUCAGCCAGUCUUGUCUCUGCAACAUCCAUCUGAUUUCUCAGGACUUUUCUGAUUCUGCUUCUCAGUGAUUCUGUUUCUUGCGGAGUCCAAGAAAAACUUAAAAAAGAAGAAGAGGAGGGGGGCUGUGAAGAAGGACAGUGCCAUGGCCUCCUGGUUCAACUGGAAUGAGCCAUAUUACCGGAGCCCCCGACGGGACCCGGCCGACGUGGUCACUGACACCCUGAUGCUGGAGUUCAGCUGGCAGCUGAAGGAGGCGGAGAGGCAGCAGAGAGAGAGGGAGAGCGAGUACCGGCGCCUCAAGACCGGGGUGGACUACAGCUGGCUGGCCAGCACGCCUCGCUCCUCCUACAGCAUCAGCACCGGUGAGAAGCUUGGCCUGGAGGACCUCUGCUCCAAGGUGCCGCCGCCCUGCUGCGGCCUGGUCAUACUCAAGUUUAGGGAGGUUUUGCAGGCCAAUGAGCCCGAGGUGCAGGAGGUGCCCGGCCUGUUUCGCUCCGUCCUCCUGGAGGCUCUGGAUCACGCCAAAGAGGAGCAGGAAGCUCAGCGGCUUGCCCGUCAGUGGAGUAACAAACGUGCCAUGAACAUGUCCCUCGUGAACUUCAGGUCCCGGAUCAAGAUCAACCCAUUUGGAAGCACGGUGGGCUUGACGUCCACUGUGGCCGACGGGGCGGGGUUGAGUGACCUCAAAACCGUGUCGGAGGAUGUGGAGAGAGGGAUGGAGAGGUCGCAGAGGGUGUGGAGCAUGCCUGACUUCAGAUACAAAGGAACCAGCAGCAGUAAAGUCGUGUGAUGUUGGGCGUAUACAGGACAGUGAUUGGGGGGGUUUCAUUGUGACAGAUGCUGAUCUCUGGCUGCAGUAUGCUUACAUGAGGCAAGGCAGGAUUAAUCCCAUAAUCCUCCUGCUCUUUUCAGUAUGAGACCAAUCAGCAUUUGAUCAAUUUACUUCUUUACCUUUACACCUGAAAGGGCAAUGUCAUGCUUUGUCAGAUAUUCUGUAACUUGACAGCACUUUUGGACUUGAAACAGUUUCAACUUUGUGUGAGAUUUUCGUCUUUUGCUGUGAUGCAUCUUGUAUUUUGUAGACAUUUGGAUUAUAAACAUUGAGGGCUAUUUACUAUAAACUGGUAGGGAUGUUUAUAUAAUUUAAACGUUCUUGAGUCCUAAAUGUCGCAGGAAGAAAUUAAAUACGUUGGUGUUGUUACGUCACACAACACAAAAUGGCCGCAGAGGUGAAUGAUCAUUAAUGUCACAAUGUUUUGCAUGAGAUUUAUGUAUAAAUGUUACUCUUUUAGUCUUGAGACAAACUAGCCAAUGCUCAUAUUAACGUCAUUCAGAGGAUGAGUCACAGCUGCUCUAUGUUUUGUCCCAACAGCACACAAGGACUCACAAUAAUUCAUCAUCCAAGGUCGGCAAACUGAAAGCUCUCCUUCUGUUCAUUAGCAAAGUUGCACGGAAAUGGCCACUUACCUGUUACCAUACCUUUUUGAGGGAAACAUUUCAUAGUAAAAUCUUUCCAGCAGUUUAUUGCCGUUUUUGUCACAGCAAAAUUCAACAGUACACAACAGGUUUACACCAUCAUCCAUAUAAAGCUUUCAACUGGAUUGAUACAGGGGGCCCUAACAGUGAUUUUAUUUAAUAUUUCACUUUAAUAAAAUGACUGAUGUUGAAACAAAAUUUAUGACAGAAUUUUGUGGAAUGAACGUUACAAAUAAGAAAAGUUAUCAUCAUACGACGAGUCGAUUCUCAUAUAAUUUUAAACAAAAUGUACACAUUAAAAACUAUGAUAUCAGUAGACACUGAUAACACUGGGGUUCCCACGGCCCACAUUUACUGUGGAAACAUAACUGUCACUUAUCUACAAAAAAAAUAACUGUAUGCCAGUCCAGCAGGUUCAAAAAAGAUUUACCUCUUUAUAGGUGUUGGGGAGUCCUACUGCAUAUGUGAAAGCUGUAUACAGCUCUUUGUGGCUCCAGAGGAAGCUAAUGUCACUUGACU